AUGAUCGUUUGCAAACAAAUUCAGGCACCAGUAAUGCAAUUGCCGAUAUCCAACGGGGGAAUGGACUUAUCGGUGCUCCGGUGCCGGCCACAGAAGGAAAAGGUGGUGGUUGUGAUGGGAGCCACCGGUACCGGAAAAUCAAGACUUUCCAUCGACAUCGCCACCCGUUUCACGGCGGAGAUAAUAAAUUCCGACAAAAUUCAGCUCUACGAAGGUCUAGAUAUCGUCACGAAUAAAAUCAGCGAAGACGAGUGCGUCGGCGUUCCCCACCACCUCCUCGGGAUCGUGGACCCAGAAUCCGAUUUCACCUCCGCAAACUUCGCCAGUACCGCUUUGCUCGCGAUGAAAUCGAUCGUCGGAAGAGGGAAGCUCCCGAUAAUCGCUGGUGGAUCGAAUUCGUUCAUUGAAGCGUUGGUCGAUGACGAGAACUACGAGUUCCGAUCGAGGUACGAUGUUUGCUUCUUGUGGGUCGACGUCGCAAUGCUGGUGCUCCACCGAUUCGUGUCGGAUCGUGUCGACCGAAUGGUGGCCGCCGGGAUGGUGGAAGAAGUCCGAAACAUGUAUAACCCUGACGCCGACUACUCGAAAGGAAUCCGGCGAGCCAUCGGAGUGCCGGAAUUCGAUUCKUAUUUYCGCGCCSAAUWYUCAWMUUCCRSCGACRAAARWAYUCGCGCCAAAUURYUSGAARMCGCCAUUAAYGAAACAAAGMUMAAYACRWKYAARYUSGCUYGCCGGCAAMUSGRAAARAUUCACCGGUUAMGRAAYGUUAAAGGGUGGAAAAUUCACCGGCUGGAUGCCACCAAAGUGUUUCAGAAGAAGGGUAGAGACGCCGACGAGGCGUGGGCGGAGCUGGUGGCCGGACCGGCGGCGGUGAUCGUAAAUGAAUUUCUUUACAGCUUUGAUCAUUCUCGAGCUUUUGCUGCGACAGCGGAGGGCGGUGGCAGAGUUAUCAGAGAGGCGGAAAUGGGGGCGGCGAUGGCCGCCGCGACUCACUAA